AUGGUGAAGAAAGCCGGGAAGGCUCCCCCAUCGGAGGCUGCCACCAUUGCUCCUCCUUCGACUUUGCCCGAUGGUGCUCUCCCUAAACUCAUAGUCUUUGAUCUUGACUACACGUUAUGGCCUUUCUGGGUCGAUACUCAUAUCACACCCCCCCUUAAGGCUUCACCGACGCACGACUCAGCCAAGGAUCGGUUUGGAGAGAACUUCGCCUUCUACAGGCAAGUCCCCGCGAUUUUGGUCUCACUGCGAGCACGCGGGAUCAAGAUUGCUGCAGCAUCGAGGACACAUGCCCCGGAUUUAGGAAGGGAGAUGCUGCGGCUGUUGCAUAUUACAGAUGGGAAGGGGAAGAAGAAAGCAAUUGAUUAUUUCGACUAUCUGGAGAUAUACCCUGGCAGCAAGAUCACGCACUUUACCAAAUUACAAAAGGCUACCGGUUUGAGGUUUGAGGACAUGCUCUUCUUUGACGAUGAGGCUAGGAAUAAGAAUGUGGAAACUCUGGGAGUCACGAUGUACCUGGUUAGGGACGGGGUUAAUGCAGCGGAGGUUGAUAAUGGGAUCAAGGAGUGGCGCAAGAGGCACGGCCACAACAUCUAG